AUGCAGUUAGCUGAGUGUCAGCUGAGCGCGCCGGUCGCCGGAAUGUCUCAUGAAAAAGGCUCCUUGAGGGGAGGCGUAGAGAAAGGAGAGGAGCCAGCGGGGACCAUCGCUGGUAGUGCGUUCUCUGUGAAGCGGGUGGAGGACGAGGAAGAACCGAUGAAGGUGGAAGUGGCGGUGGGGGCUGAUGGCUGCCCUGACGACCUCAGCUGCCGGGAGGCCGACAUAGACCCAUACCUCCUAGGGCUUGCGGAUGACGAGAAAUGCCGGAAAAUCCGCAGGCAGUACCGACAGCUCAUCUAUAGUGUCCAGCAGAACCGUGAUGACAUAGUGAACACGGCGAGCGACACGUUAACCGAGGCCCUUGAAGAAGCCAAUGUCCUGUUUGAUGGAGUGAGCCGAACCAGAGAAGCAGCACUCGAUGCCCAGUUUCUUGUUUUGGCUUCUGAUUUGGGUAAAGAGAAAGCAAAGCAACUGAACUGUGAUAUGAGCUUUUUUAAUCAAGUAGCGUUUUGUGACUUUCUGUUUAUAUUUGUGGGCCUGAACUGGAUGGAAGAUGAUGAACGUGAUGAAUUGAGUGGCUGUGAUGAUAAUAUAGCUCUUUCCUUCUGGGAGACAGUACAGAAGGAAGCAACAUCCUGGAUAGUGCAAGCUGAAACAUUCCACUUUAUUUUUGGUUCAUUCAAGUCUAAGCCUUCUGCACCAAAGCCCCGACUUGAACACCAGAAGAAAGCUCACAAAAUGGAAGAAAAUGGGGCUAUGCCUACAAAGCUGAGGAAGUUGGACCUGAGUAAUAAUCAAGAAGCAACAGAAAAAGAAGUGGAAAGAAUCUUGGGAUUGUUGCAAACUUACUUUCGAAAGUAUCCUGAUACUCCCGUGUCCUAUUUUGAGUUUGUGAUUGAUCCAAACUCUUUUUCUCGUACUGUGGAGAAUAUAUUUUAUGUUUCUUUCAUUAUAAGGGAUGGUUUUGCAAGAAUAAGGCUUGACCAAGACAGGCUGCCAAUAUUAGAGCCGAUUAAUAUUAACCAAGUGGGUGAGGGAAAUGAUCCCAGUUCUCAUGGUAGAAGACAAGGAGUUAUAUCUUUAAGUUUACAGGACUGGAAAAAUAUUGUGGCAACUUUUGAGAUUUCAGAGGCUAUGAUCACAAACUCAUACUAG